GAGCCAAAAGUUAUAGCGCCACUGUCAAGCAGAAGAAAAUCGGGCCAUUUCCCAAAGGGGCAGCUCAUCAGAGUUGCUUGUGACUGUGUUACACCCGUAUUAUCACCAUCAUCAUUCAUCAUAUGGACAUCGGGAAAACAAGGGAUUUGAGGAAAAUGUCGAAAGGGAAACGCAGCGGAGGAGGCCGACCGACGGAUCGAUAAAAAGCCCUGGAGAAGGAAUCGCUCCGAAUAUGCGUCCUCGGAUCGUCUGAGAAAUGUCUCUGUUUGUCAAAGACCCCUGCGGGCUCAUCUGCAUCGCCCUGACAUACGUCGCCGUCUUUUAUGCUGACUAUGUCGUCGUCCGGUGGAUCGUCAUGCAGACGAUGCAGGACAGCUUAUGGGCCCCUUUCCAUGUGGUUCUGUUUAAUACGGUGAUAUUCAUGGUAUCUUUUUGUCAUUUGAGAGCCAUGUGCUCAGAUCCCGGUGCGGUCCCGUUGCCACAAAGCCGGAUGGACUUUUCCGACAUACAUUCAGGUUCCGAGUCCACACUCAUCCAAAACGAAGAUUGGACUGUUUGCACGAGAUGCGAAACAUACCGGCCUCCCAGGGCUCACCAUUGCAGGAUUUGCAAGCGGUGCAUUAAGCGCAUGGAUCACCACUGUCCAUGGAUUAACAACUGUGUCGGUGAGAAAAACCAAAAAUAUUUUAUACAGUUUCUCAUCUGCGUCGGCAUCUUAUCGGCUUAUGCGUUUCUUCUUGUGAUCGCAUCAUGGAUAAGAGCUUGUCCUGAGUGCAGUAACGAAAUAACGAUCAAACAGUCGCGAAUUGUCCAUUGCAUAAUUUUGGUAAUGGAAAGUAGCCUGUUUGGGAUUUUCGUCCUGGCCAUUUUAUACGAUCAGUUAGAGGCGAUUACAAACGACGAAACGACGAUAGAACAACUCCAAGGCUCGAGGGGAAGCCUUUCUCUCCACAAACUAAUACUAAGUCAUAUCUGUCGCCUUCCUUGUUACAGGAACAUGGUCGUCCGUACAUCACUAAAUGCUCAUUCUGUCUAAGAAAAAAAAAAAAAAUCGGUACUAUUGUCUUCAAUAAAGGAUAGUACUAUUAAAACAUAUCCACGUUUUAUAUUACACAGCUUUUAUAGUUGAUUAAUAAGUACACGGUUUUUAUUUUGUAAAUUUUGUGCAAUAAUGGUUGAUAUUAUAAUGAUUUAUUACCAAGGUUUUAUUUUGUUGAAU